GAGAAAUACUUGAAACCUCCGCCUGUUUUUCGAUGCAUUCGAGGAAGAAACGAAAGGAACUAAAUCCAAAAUCAUCCCGAAACCUAACAAAGUCGCCAUUCCCUUCUCCAAUCCAACUCUCUAAACUUCUGCAACUUUUCAUUCUUCUCUCUUGAACGAAUUCAAACACGCCUCCUAACAAUGGCGGGUUUACUGAACAUUGGCACCUCUUUCAUCCCAUCAUCUUCGAAGCUCCACAAGAACCCCAACCCAUUAGCUCCCCCGACCCUUAGAAACAACCCUUCAAACCGGAUUCUGAUUCAGGCCAAGAUCCGAGAGAUCUUCAUGCCGGCACUGAGCUCCACCAUGACCGAGGGGAAGAUCGUUUCUUGGGUGAAAUCCGAAGGGGAUAAACUCUCUAAGGGGGAAAGUGUCGUCGUUGUUGAAUCAGACAAAGCUGACAUGGAUGUUGAGACUUUCUAUGAUGGGUACUUAGCUGCAAUCAUGGUUGAUGAAGGAGGUGUAGCUCCUGUUGGAUCCGCCAUUGCUUUACUCGCCGAGACUGAGGACGAGAUCUCUGAGGCCAGAUCGAAGGCCAAUUCCAAUUCGUCUUCUCCGUCGGCUUCUUCUUCUUCGCCUGAAACUUCAGAAUCGUCUCCUGGCAAAGCCCAAGAAACCCUAGCCGCUGCAACUGCUGUUGCACCUCCUCCGCCUGCUGCACAAGCUUCUGUUGCUGCUUCUUCAAUCCAUCCGGCUUCGGAAGGGGGGAAACGGAUUGUUGCAUCGCCGUAUGCAAAGAAGCUUGCGAAGGAGUUGAAGGUGGAGCUGGGUUCUCUUGUUGGGAGUGGUCCCAAUGGGAGAGUUGUUGCCAAGGAUGUUGAGGCUGCUGCGGCCUCUGCUGUUGUAUCGAGCCCUGCUUCUGAGAGUCCCAAAUCAGCUGCUUUUUCUGCUCCUCCCAAGGUUUCAGCCACCCCAGGUAUUGAAUUGGGAACUGCUGUUCCCUUCACGACGAUGCAGGGUGCUGUUAGUAGGAACAUGGUUGAAAGCCUUACAGUUCCAACCUUUAGAGUUGGGUAUACUAUCACUACUGAUGCUCUGGAUCAACUGUACAAAAAGAUUAAGUCCAAGGGAGUAACCAUGACUGCAUUGCUUGCUAAGGCCACUGCACUUGCUUUGGUCAAGCACCCAGUCGUGAAUUCUAGCUGUAGAGAUGGGAAGAGCUUUACUUACAACAGCAGCAUUAAUAUUGCAGUUGCUGUUGCAAUAGACGGCGGACUGAUCACACCAGUUCUUCAUGAUGCUGAUAAGGUUGAUAUCUACUCAUUAUCAAGGAAAUGGAAAGAGUUGGUUGACAAGGCUCGUGCGAAGCUGCUCCAACCUCAUGAAUACACCACAGGUACUUUCACACUCUCAAACCUUGGGAUGUUUGGUGUGGAUCGCUUUGAUGCAAUUCUACCCCCUGGGACUGGUGCAAUAAUGGCUGUUGGAGCAUCUCAGCCCACUGUAGUUGCUACAAAGGAUGGUCGGAUUGGCAUGCAAAGCCAGAUGCAGGUAAAUGUGACAGCAGAUCAUCGUGUCAUAUAUGGUGCUGAUUUGGCUGCAUUCUUGCAAACUCUCGGGAAGAUUAUUGAGGACCCUAAAGAUCUUACCUUCUGACCUUUCUAACCAGAAAUUGGAUCAGUCACUGGGUCUCGUAUCAUUGAAGAGUACAUUCCCAUAGUAUGUUCCUUUGUGCUUGUUAGACUUUGAUUUCAGAGCUCAACCUCAACAGAAUUCGGUGUUGCGGUAAUUAUUCUUGAGCUGAUUGCAAUCAGCUGAAUCCGAGUCCUAGGAAUUAAUGGAGCAUACUAUUGGAGGGAAAAUGUUGUUUAGGUUCCAUAUUCUUCAAUUUGUUUUCUGCAAUUUUGAAGUCGAACAGCUGGCGUUUAAAUCUGUCAAUGCUCAUCUGUACGAGUACAUGUUUUAGAUUUGAACCUUCUCUUUCUCUUUUUGGUUAGUAAACUGGAGAAUUUUGAGGUCUACAUUUCUUGUUUGAACAACAUUGAGACAUACGAACUUUAAAGACUA